AUGUCUGAAAGAUCGCAGACCCCGGAGUGCCAAAGCCGACCGUAUGACUUCAGCCGGGCAAACCCUUGCACACAAAUUUUGGGUCAGGAGAGUUUGGGCAGCGCUGCGUCAUUCCAGCUUCCUCACGGCGUCCUGCCAGACCCGAGCCUCUUCUACAACAAAACCGCGUACAACGGCAUCACACCGGCAUCAGCGCAGAGCUUUUUCCCGUUCCCAUCCGUCGCCAGUGACUACAGGGGAUCCGACCAACAGGCUGGAGAAUUUGGCCAACCCAAGCACUGGUAUCCCUUCGCUGCUCCCGAGUACACCGGCCAGGUACCCGGCGUAGCAGCAGCUACACAGCCGUUGAACCUGAGUCCCCCCAUAGCCGAGACCCGGGAGCAAAUCAAACUACCUGAAAUAAAGGCCGAGAAGGACACCGAUGAUGACUACUCAACUGAGAUAAAGGUUCAGCAGUACCCAGCACCGCCAGCCUCCACCGCCAUGCCCCAUGGAGUCUUCUACUCUCCUGCCUGGAACCCGUCCUUCUGGCCCGGGAUCACUCAUAUCACACCUCCCGGCAUCAACAAUCAAAAUCCCUCAGCAUCCUCUGCAUCUUCGCCAUCUAUGUCCCCUUCACCACCAAGCAACGGCCUUCCAGGGAAUGCGUUUUUCGGCGUGAAUGCACCCCAGGCUGCCACCGGGCCCCAGACGCAGAACCCGGUCCCCUCCACGCGGAGCAGCGGGUCGUCAAGCGGCGGGUGCAGCGACUCCGAGGAGGAGACUCUCUCCACCGAAGAGCUGGAGCAAUUCGCGAAGGAGCUGAAACACAAACGAAUUACCUUGGGUUUCACCCAAGCUGAUGUUGGCCUUGCCCUGGGUAACCUCUAUGGUAAGAUGUUCAGCCAGACGACUAUUUGCCGCUUUGAGGCUCUGCAGCUGAGCUUCAAGAACAUGUGCAAGCUGAAGCCCCUUCUUCAGAGAUGGCUGAAUGAGGCAGAGACUUCGGAAAACCCCCAGGAUAUGUACAAGAUUGAGCGAGUAUUUGUUGACACAAGAAAGAGGAAGAGGAGGACCAGUCUGGAGGGAGCUGUGCGCUCUGCUCUGGAGUCUUACUUUGUUAAAUGUCCCAAGCCCAACACUCAGGAGAUCACACACAUCUCUGAUGACCUGGGUCUGGAGAGGGAUGUGGUACGCGUUUGGUUCUGCAACCGGAGACAGAAAGGAAAGCGCCUUGCCAUGCCACUGGAUGAGGAUUGCGACGGCCAGUAUUACGAGCACAGUCCUUCCCCAUUGAACAUGGCGCCCUCCCCCAAUCCCAGUCAAUGCUACCCUGCCUCCAGCUACCCUGGUGCCCCUCCUCCCACACUCUACAUGCCCCCACUUCAUCGACCCGACGUCCUGAAACAAGCCCUGCACCACGGACUGGUUAGUCACCUGACUGGAUAAACAAGCUCAGGUAGUCCUUCCCAGAACCACAGACUGCC